GAAACUAUGUCUAGUGUCUUGGGUUGGGAAUGUCCUUAUUGAGUUUGUAAUUAUAAAGGUGACAUAAAUGCGUUAACGUGUUAGGUCCUGAGAUGAGUACUUAUGCUUCUAGUAACUCGUUAAAAUUAACGAGCCACCCCCCACCCCCCUGUCGCCGUGUAAGAGGACCCCAUUAUAAUGUCCAGCUCCAUAUGCUUAGUGGAUACACAAGUUUAAAAAUUAGCUGUACCACUUGCUGCUAGCUUGUGCCUCGGAGCCAAACACAUAGCAUAGAUCUAGAGACACAGCAGAUAGAGAUAGAGAGAUGGCAGAGCUCGCCAUUGGUAUCUCCAGGACGGCGCUUGAGGAGUUGGUGAACAAGUUGAAGUCAGUCAUCAAGGAGGAGGAGGAGCAGUGGCAGACUAUGCACCGUGAUGUGGUGUUCAUCAGAGAUGAGUUCGAGAUGAUGCAGUCGUUCCUCAACUCUGCCGAUGGGGAGGUGGUGAAGAGCAGUAUGGCGAGGACCUGGGUGAGGCAGGUCCGAAACCUGUCCUAUGAUCUUGAGGACUGUAUCGAGUUCAUCCUGCAUCUGGACACAAAUAAGCGGUCAUGGUGGCUCCGGUUGCUGCAGUCCUGGAGCUGCGGCAAGGGAGGAGUAUCGCUGCCAGUGGAUGAAGCGGUCACCGAGAUGAAAAAGCUCAAGGCCCGCGUCGAGGACGUGAGCCAGAGGAACACACGCUACAGGUUCACCAAUGACCUCACGCAGCAUCAGCAACAGUUGGUGUCGUCCGGCUCCGCCACUGGCGGUGGCGCACCAGGAUUUGACAUCCUCGCUGAGGCGAGGGACACCGCGGCAAGGCGCAAGGGUGUAGUUGACCUCAUCAAGUUGAUCACCGAGAAAAGCAACGAUCUUCGAGUGAUCUCGUUGUGGGGAACCGGAGAUGAUCUUGGGACGAUGUCCAUCGUCAGGAACAUGUAUGAUGAUUCAAGAAUACACGACAACUUCAGAUGCCGUGCCUGGGUCAAGGUGGCGCAUCCCAUCAAUCCCCAUGAGUUGGUCAGGAGCUUGGUGGUUCAGUUUUAUGCAAACUCUUGCCAACAACAGCUACCUGCUGCUACAGAUGCACUUUCGUGGUUUUCUCUAAAAUAUAAAAAACAAAGAGAUGCCCUGUCGUCGUCGGAAACGUCGACGGGAGAACUAGUCAAGGAGUUCUUGCGGCAUGUCGACACACACCGGUACCUCAUCAUCCUGGAAGACCUAUCGACCAUGGUGCAGUGGGAUGCCAUCUGGCCCUACCUGCGGGGAGGCAAGAAUGGAAGUCGUGUCCUUGUGUCAACGCGCCAUCAUGAAAUCGCAAGCCUGUGCACGGGGAAGCCUCACCGAGUAUUGGAGCUCCAGAGGAUCUCAAUUCAUCAGUCUAUCUGCAUCUUUUUCAAAGAGUGUUCUGUACCUGCUGAAGCUGAAAAGGAAGGUGGUGUCCCAACACCGAAACAUGUCGAUUGGUCGGGCAAGAAUCGACUUAUUAUUGGGCGCGAUUCGGAAGUCGAUAAACUUUUCAACCUGAUAAAGGAUCGAUCUCACACCAACACACCUCACGUGGUCUCCGUUUGGGGAAUUCCUGGUACUGGGAGGACAGCUUUGGUUAGCAAUGUCUACUACCGCUGCUACUACGACACGCAGUUUGAUCGUCAGACGACAGUCAAUAUGCCCCAGCCAUACAAUCUCAGGGGCUUUUGCCGGUGCUUGCUAGUAUCUGGUUUGGAUUCAGGAUUAUCACUGAUCCAACGACGCGAAGAUCCCAUCCAACAAUGCCGGGAGAUCCUGCAUAGGGACAGGUGCCUUGUCAUUAUUGAUGAGGUGCACUCUAAGGAAGACUGGGACUCAAUUACAGAUGCUAACUUGAUAACUGCAACAAGUAAAAGUUGCAUCGUUGUGAUUACGACUCAAGAAAGCGUCGCCGUGCACUGCGCAGGGGCAAACGGUCUAGUGUGCAGCAUUACAUGUCUCCAAGCUACGGCAGCCUCUGAUCUCUUUCAGCAGGCAUUUCAAGAAGCUUUUACAAAUAAUAGAAACAUGUUUGAAGUACAAGAAUUUCAGAGGAACGGAGACUCGUAUGAAGAAACAUUUAGAUAUAUUUUUGAAGGGGAUGAGCAGGAAGAACAGGCAUUUCAGAAUGAUGGAAACUUGUUCAAAGAACAGUCAGUUCAAAAUAAUGGAAACUCAAUGGAAGUACAGAUUUGUGAGAAUAAUGGAAAUUCAUGUGAAGAACAGAUAUUUCAGAAUAACAGAAAUUACUUUCAAGGAGAGGCAUCUCAGAAUGAUGGAAAUUCGAUCAAAGAACAGUCAGGUUAUGGAAACUCAUGUGAAGAAAAGACAUUUCAGAGUAACAGAAAUUACUUUCAAGGACAGGCAUUUCAGAAUGAUGGAAACUCGUUCAAAGAACAGUCGGUUCAAAAUAAUGGAAACUCAAUCGAAGAACAGAUAUGUGAGAAUAAUGGAAACUCAUGCGAAGUACAGAUAUUUCAGAAUAACAAAGAUUACUUUCAAGGACAGGCAUCUCAGAAUACUGAAAAGUCAUUCAUAGAACAGGCAUUUCAGAAUAAUGGAAAUUCAUUUGAACAAACAUUUCAGUGGUUUUCUGAAACGAACAAACAGGAAGAACAUGAGUUUGAGAAUAAUGGAAGCCCGUUUGAAGAAUAUGUAUUUCCAAAUAUGAGUAGCUGGUUUCAAAAACAUGUAUCCCUGAACUGUGAAAACUUGUAUGAAGAAAAAUCAUUUCAGAAUAGUGAAAACCCGUUUGAAGAAUUGGUACUUCUGAAUAAAAAAGACCUAUUGGAAGAACUGGAAUCUCAGAAUAAUAAUAACUUGUCUGAAGAAAAGACGCUUCAAAAUAUCAAACACAGCAUGUCUCGGGACGACCCAAAUGUAAAAGCUAUCUUAUCCAGGAGUGGAGGACUUCCCCAAGUAAUAGUUGCUUUAGCCAGAUACUGGGCCAACCAAUAUAUGUCUAAUAUAGAAGACAAAAGGGAAAGGGAAUGGCAGUGUCAGUAUCUUAUAGCCAACUUUAUGCAAGAGUUACAGACCAGCCAAGAAUUUUACUGUUUACGGGGCCUAUUCGCCUGGAUGCAUUCCUACUUUUGCUCUUGUCCUCCAUCACUCAUGAGAUCCAUGUUAUAUCUCUUAAUUUUUCCUCAAGGCAAAACCUUUCGGCGAAGGCGUUUGGUGAGGCGAUGGAUCGCGGAGGGCUAUGCCAGUGGCUCUGAAAGCAAUAGCUUGGAGGAAAUGGGGGAGCUCUUCCACAAGCUUUCCUCCCAGAGUGUGAUCAGGCAGGCAACUAUGGAUGGCUGUUACGAGUUCAAUGGCUUCUUCCACGAGUACAUGAUCUCGCGGCCAGUGGAAGAAAGAAUUUUGUUGCCACUAGAAGUCUCUGUACUGGAGGGCUAUUGCUGGAGACUAACCACAAAAGGCGACAUAGGACAACACAGGGGCGAAGCCACUUUGGGCGGCCUGGGUGCCCAGGCACCCCCCGGAUUCCUAAAAUUUCUUAGAGAUGAACAAAUUUUGGCCCUUUAGGCACCCCUACAGCCCAAUAGGAGGCACCCCCACCAGACCUUGAAUCCCACGAUGCCACUUAUUCAGCCCACGACGCAUCAGCUGCCCAACUCUUUUUCUCCUCACGACGACUUCGCGAGACGUGCCGUAUACACCGACGCAGCGACGCAUCGACUGCCUGCCCUUCCUCCCGACUCCCGAGUCGCGACGCCGACGCCCGGAGCGAGCCGCUGCCCACGAAGACAGGACUGCACGAAGACGAAGCCGCUGCCCACUAAGACGCAUCAGCUGCGCGUGCGACGAUCGUGGCUGCCUGCCUGCCUCGCCGGCGUUCGACUUCGACGAUCGACGUUCAUCUGAUCAUCUCGCCGAUCUCGUCCUCGUCAGCGUCAAAGACUCAAAGAGCCGCUGCCUGCUGCUCGACCAACUAGAGUGAGUGUUCGUCCUCUGUCCUCAAGGAUCAUCUCGCCGAUUAUGUGUUAGCUAUACUAUUUGCUUGAACAUCACAAAAGACAUUAUAGUCUUGAUAAAGUUAGGCACCCCCCACCCAUUUGCUCUAGCUUCGCCACUGGGACAACAC